AUGUCGCCAUUACCUCAUGCCGAUGCCGUUGACGAAAAACUAGCCAUGGAGACAAGUAGCAAGUCAGACUUGGAUGAGUUCGAGACAGAUAGCUAUGGACGACAGCUCGAAGAAGUUCGUAUUGCGAACACCCAAGCCAACACGCCACUGCAGACGGGCGUCGACGUUGAACAGGCCGAGCAAGAAUUCUCAGAGUUGAACAGACAAUUCUCCAGCUCGCAUCAAGCCCGCAGAUUAUCGCAACAGGCAUCUCGUAUUUCCAAACCUGGUGCUACUGCAGAUGUCGAAAAGGCUCCAAGCUCUACCGAAACAGACGAGUCAUGGGAUCUCGAGACAGCCCUUCAUGGCCAACGUGCCGCGGAGGAAGAAGCGGGAAUCAAAGAUAAGCAUAUUGGUGUGAUCUGGGACAACCUCUCUGUCCGUGGAAUUGGUGGUGUCAAGACAAUCAUCAAGACCUUUCCAGAUGCCAUUAUCGAUUUUUUGAAUGUCCCGGCGAUGGUCAUGGAUCUUUUUGGAUGGGGGAAGAAAGGACAAGAAGUCAAUAUCCUGGAAAACUUCCGGGGCCUCACGCGACCCGGUGAGAUGGUGCUGGUUCUUGGACGUCCCGGUUCAGGCUGCACGUCAUUUUUGAAAGUAAUCUCGAAUCAGCGUGUUGGAUACACUAGGAUCGAUGGAGAAGUCCUCUAUGGCCCUUAUGAACAUGAUGUGUUCGCAAAAAGAUUCCGUGGAGAAUCCGUGUACAACCAGGAGGAUGACAUUCACCAGCCUACCUUGACUGUCAAGCAAACACUUGGCUUUGCCCUCGAUACGAAGACUCCUGGAAAGCGUCCAUUCGGAGUUUCGAAGGCCGAAUUCAAGGAGAGGGUAAUCGAUAUGCUGCUGAAGAUGUUCAACAUUGAGCAUACCGCCAACACUGUGAUCGGUAACAUGUUCAUUCGCGGUGUCUCUGGAGGUGAGAGACGUCGUGUCUCGAUUGCAGAGAUGAUGAUCACGUCCGGAACUGUCUUGGCCUGGGAUAACAGCACUCGCGGACUGGAUGCCUCGACCGCCCUUGAUUUCGCCAAGUCCCUUCGCAUCUUGACCAACAUCUACAAAACAACCACGUUCGUCUCACUUUAUCAAGCAUCCGAGAAUAUCUACAAGCAGUUUGAUAAAGUCCUUGUGAUCGACAGCGGGCGUCAAGUAUUCUUCGGUCCAGCAUCGGAAGCAAGAGCCUACUUCGAAGGCCUUGGAUUUCGUGAAAAGCCUCGUCAAACCACCCCUGAUUACCUGACAGGAACUACCGAUCCCUUCGAGAGAGAAUUCAAGGAUGGUAGAAGUGCCGAAAAUGUACCUUCGACACCAGAGGCGUUGGCCGAGGCUUUCAACAAAUCUGUGUAUAGCGAAAGACUAGACCAGGACAUGAAGUCUUACCGCGCUCAGAUUGCACACCAGAAGCAAAUCCACAAUGAUUUUGAGAUCGCCAACAAGGAAGCAAAGCGGAAGUUUACACCUGACUCAUCGGUAUAUUCCAUUCCCUUCCAUCUUCAGAUUUGGUCCUUGAUGCAGCGACAAUUCCUUCUCAAAUGGCAGGACAAAUUUGCCAUGACCGUUUCUUGGAUUACAUCUAUUGGUAUUGCUAUCAUCCUCGGUACUGUAUGGCUCAACUCCCCAACAACCAGUGCUGGUGCGUUUACCAGAGGUGGUCUUUUGUUCAUCAGUCUGCUCUUCAACGGAUUCCAAGCCUUCUCCGAACUUGCAUCGACCAUGAUGGGUCGCUCAAUCGUAAAUAAACACCGAUCAUUCGCCUUUUACAGGCCUAGCGCACUGUUUAUCGCACAGAUUAUUGUUGACACAACGUUUGCGAUUGCAAGAAUCCUCGUAUUCAGCAUAAUCGUGUACUUUAUGUGUGGAUUAGUCCGCGAUGCUGGAGCUUUCUUCAUAUUUGUUCUGAUUAUCCUCGAGGGCUAUGUGACAAUGACAGUAUUCUUCCGGACGGUGGGCUGUCUCUGUCCCGACUUUGAUUCUGCUAUCAAAUUUGCCUCGGUCAUUAUCACCCUAUUUGUCUUGACCUCCGGAUAUCUUAUUCAGUGGUCUGGGGCCCAGGUAUGGCUACGAUGGAUUUACUAUAUCAACCCAUUCGGUCUUGGAUUUGCAUCUUUGAUGGUCAAUGAGUUCAAGCGAUUGACUAUGACAUGCACGACGGAGUCCCUUGUUCCCACCGGUCCUGGUUAUGACGAUAUUGCACACCAAGUCUGUACCCUGGCUGGAGGUGAGCCCGGUUCGGCAAUAAUCCCGGGAUCCAACUACGUUGCACAGACAUUCAGCUACAUGAAGGGUGACCUUUGGCGAAACUUUGGUAUUAUGAUUGCCCUGAUCGUCGGCUUCCUUGGCACAAAUCUGUACUUCGGAGAAAUUCUUCAAUUCGAGGCAGGUGGUAAGACUAUCACUUUCUACCAAAAGGAAAACGCAGAGCGAAAAGCACUCAAUGAGGCCUUGAUGGAAAAGAAAGCCAACAGACAAUCCAAGGCUCUCGAUACCGGAUCAAACUUGAACAUUAGCUCGAAGUCCGUGUUCACGUGGGAAGAUGUCUCUUACGAAGUGCCUGUUCCGUCUGGUACUCGGCGCCUUCUGAACUCCGUUUACGGAUACGUUCAACCAGGAAAACUUACGGCACUCAUGGGCGCCUCAGGUGCAGGAAAGACGACGCUGCUCGAUGUCCUGGCAGCGAGAAAAAACAUUGGUGUUGUCAGAGGUGACAUUCUUGUCGAUGGCAAACCCCCUGGCACCUCAUUUCAACGAGGAACAUCUUAUGCCGAACAGCUUGAUGUUCAUGAAGCUAUGCAGACUGUACGAGAGGCCCUUCGUUUCUCUGCCGAUCUGCGUCAGCCAUUCGAAACUCCACAAUCCGAAAAGUACGCCUAUGUUGAGGAGAUUCUGAACCUCUUGGAGCUGGAGAACCUGGCAGAUGCAAUCAUUGGCACUCCCGACACUGGUCUCUCAGUAGAAGAAAGGAAGCGAGUUACCAUUGGUGUCGAACUGGCCGCGAAACCUGAGCUUUUACUCUUCCUAGACGAACCUACCUCCGGCCUAGAUGGUCAAUCUGCAUGGAACAUUGUGCGAUUCCUUCGCAAGCUAUCAGCAGCAGGCCAAGCCAUUCUCUGUACGAUUCAUCAACCGAACUCUGCGCUGUUCGAAAACUUCGAUCGUCUUCUGUUGCUUCAGCGAGGAGGCGAGACUAUCUACUGCGGUGACAUUGGUCACGACUCUCACAUUUUGCUGGACUAUUUCCGCCGUAAUGGAGCGGAUUGCCCUGCGGAUGCCAAUCCUGCUGAGUGGAUGCUUGAUGCCGUCGGUGCUGGUCAAACACGUCGGAUUGGAGACCGUGACUGGGGUGACAUUUGGCGAACUUCUCCAGAGCUGGAAAAGCUGAAGCAAGAGAUUGUCCAAAUCAAAGCUAACCGGGCUCAGGUUGUUCAAGACAACAAAGACGACGCUGAAGUUGAAAAGGAGUAUGCCUCGCCUCUUUGGCAUCAAAUUAAGGUUGUCGGUCGACGAACCAAUCUCGUCUUCUGGCGCUCCAAGAACUACGGAUUCACUCGGCUUUAUACUCAUGUUGUAAUUGCUAUUAUCACCGGUCUUGCUUUCCUCGACCUGGAUGACUCCCGAUCCUCGUUGCAAUAUCGCAUUUUCGUCAUUUUCAACGUGACUGUUCUCCCCGCAAUCAUCCUCCAAAUGGUCCAGCCACGCUAUGACAUGUCGCGUUUGAUUUUCUACCGCGAAUCAGCAUCGAAGACUUACAGCCAGUUCGCAUUUUCUCUCUCAAUGGUCAUCGCGGAAAUGCCUUAUAGCAUUCUGUGUGCUCUCUGUUUCUUCCUACCUCUGUACUACAUCCCCGGUUUCCAGUCAGAUUCCAGCCGAGCCGGGUACCAAUUCUUCAUAAUCCUAAUCACAGAGAUAUUCUCCGUGACGCUGGGCCAGAUGAUAUCGGCUCUGACACCCAACAGCCUGAUCGCAUCUCAGAUGAAUCCACCAAUCACCAUCAUCUUUUCUCUAUUCUGUGGUGUGGCCAUUCCAAAGCCCCAGAUGCCAGGCUUCUGGCGCGCGUGGCUGUAUCAACUCGACCCAUUCACUCGCUUGAUUGGAGGAAUGGUUGUCACGGAGUUACACGGGCGUGAUGUUGUCUGUUCGGCAGCUGAGUUGAACCAUUUUACAGCUCCCUCCAACCUCACCUGCGGCGAAUACAUGAAGCCAUUCUUUGAACGCGGUGGUAAUGGCUAUCUCGUUGAUGAGGCCACUCAGGCUUGCAAGUAUUGUGCGUACAAGGUCGGUGACCAGUUCUAUGCGGCUUUUGAAAUGUACUUUGAUCACCGAUGGAGAGAUCUGGGCAUCUUUGCUGCGUUCAUCGGGUCCAACUUGAUCAUCUUGUUCCUGGCGUCCCGCUAUCUGAACUUCAACCGCCGCUAA